UAAAUCCUAUUGGGAUUCUGGCUCACAGUAGACAAAGCCAUGGAUGAAGAAGGAAUGAACUCGGAUGAAGCAAACCCAUCAAGCAAAUCCACAAGAAAGAGUUUAGAUGGUAGAAGAGAUUCUCAGGGGCAUUUUGUCAUGCAGCUUGCAGGCACUUCUAAAAGAGACAUCACUGAAAAUGGUAACAGUAACAGCAUUAAUUCCAACUAUGAAUAUGGUUGUUCCGGUAAUAUGCCAAUGUUCUCAGAUGCGCAAUAUUGCUACUCCUUAUUGGAGGCCAUGCCUGUGCCCGGACCGGUGUGGUCUACAACAGAACCUUGUGUUUUGGCUGAAGCACAGGAAUCAGCACCAGCAGAAGCACCCACUAGGGAAGGCCCUGCAGAGUUAGAAUGGGGAGAGAAUCAAGCUUCUUCAUAUUCAUGGUGGAUUGGAUUCCUUGAAACUUUAGAUGGUAAUAUGAGCAGUGAAAAGGUGAAAUAUCCAUUUGUGGAGAAUAUUGAGAUAGAAGCUUCCAAGGGGCUUGGCUGUGACUCAACUUUUGUGGAUGCAACAGAGCAAAGCUGUUGCCUUGAUGACUGGUUGAUGAUUCCAACAAUGGAUAUGGAUUUGGAAGACAUGGUUGUGCCCUAGGAGGUUGGUGGGGACUUUUUUCUUGGGUGAAUUUCGGAUAGCUUAAUGCGGCGACUUUGACUUAUCUAGCAGUGCCUUCCGGGAUGAUGAAAUUUGCAGAGAAAU